UGACUGGACCCAGUUUAUAAGGUAUUGUAAUUGUAAUUGUAAUGGAAUAACCUUCUUUUGAGAAGCUUCAUGUGAGUAACAGUUACCACUUUGCUUGCAUUGCACAAACAUGAAGAUAAGUCUUCACCUUGGAGCUCUCCUCUUUUUUUUGUUCUUCCUAGUUUCCUCAUCAAAGCUAUCUGCUAGACCACUCACCACCGAACAAGGGAGAGACAGAUCAAAACUGAAUGAGGUCUCAGGGGAGGACUUGGUGUUGGAGUUGGAAGGAGGUGAAUCUUUGAAGCAGCUGCUGGGGGUGGAGGACUGCAAAAGUGGAGAUGAAGAAUGUUUGCAGAGAAGAAUGACUUUAGCAGCUCACCUAGACUACAUCUACACCCAGCACCAUAAGCCUUGAAAUGAGAAAUCUUGUCAUUUUAUACUUCAAAUAGUAAUAUCUUUUUAAUUUAGCUUAGACAAAUACAAUUAAGCUAGGAUGCCUCCCUAUUGCUUUUAUUUUCACUACAACACUUGGGGCUUUGCAAAAGCCUUGUUGAAGUGGUAUUAAUUAAGGUAUCAUCUGUUUGAUAUAAAGCAACUGCUGAACAUAUAAUAUAACAGAAGCUUAUGACUUUAAUUAGCCAUGUUAUUUGCAUUGCAUAUGGUGAUAAGUUUGUGACUUUGUCCAACACUCCAGUCUCCAACAAUCAGAAAUCUUGGCACAGAUUCAGCUUGAUCAUAGUUAAUUCAGAUUGAUUACAUUGUAACUAGAGUUAGUUUAGUUAAUUACUCUUGUAACCAACUAUAUACUGUUAGAUUAUUUUCUUCCUCUUGUAA